ACAAACUCACCACACUGACACACUCACUGAUCAGAUCCCAGAUCCAACUAGUGCACAUUAAACAUUAUAUUAUUAUUAUACCGACUAGCGACUAGCCGGAGUUGAGAUACAACAGCUACAGGAGAACGUCCGAGUAAGUGUACCAGCCAAACACACUCAGUGUUUUCCCAUCCUGCAUCCUGUGAACUGCCAGAUCAAUCAAGUGUUCUUUUUUUAAUUUCAAUUGUUGAAUUAUUGUUACAAAAACGAGUUUUUACUUUUGGAAAUUAUUUUGACAGGUAAUUAACGUUAAUUGAAGAUGUCGAACGCAGUGAGCCCAUCUCUCAAAGACUUGCCCAAGGUGUCGAUGGACCUCAAGAGCGAGCUUGAAGGAUUCAAGCAGGACUGCAUGAAGAAAGCUGAGACGUUUAUUAAAAAUGUUUUACCCUCUGCAGAAGAUGUGAGACAAGAAAGACAGCACUCAGAUUUAAUUCACGGCGUUGAGACUUUUGAAACAAAUAAAUUGAAGCACGCAGACACUAAAGAAAAAAUUAUUUUGCCCAAUGCUAUAGAUGUUGCUGCCGAGAAAACUCAGCAAACUCUAAUUGCUGGUAUUGAAAAAUUCGAUCCAACCAAAUUGAAGCACACUGAGACUAAUGAAAAAAAUCCACUUCCUGAUAAAACUGCUAUCGAGCAAGAAAAAGGAAAGCAACAAUUUAUUUCCGGAAUUGAAAAUUUCGACCCGACUAAAUUGAAACAUGCUGAAACUACGGAGAAGAAUGUACUACCAACCAAAGAGACUAUCGAUGCUGAAAAAGUUGCGGCCUAAAUCUUGCGUCGCAAGCGAGAAAUCUCACAAUUCUUCUCUAAAAAUUAAUUAUUAAAUAUUUCGUAAUAUAAUUAUUAUUAAUAAUAAUAAUAAUGAAACAUAAUACAUGUGUUACUUUGCAAUUAAAAUGAAGUGUGUGAAUUUUUGAGUAUUAAAACAUAAAAUAUGUCUGCGAAAAUUCAAUUAGGUCUCGAUUUGCUUAUCAAUUAAAUUAAAAAAAAAAAUUAAUUAAUAAUAUAUCUAAA